CCUUCGUCACGGCUACGGCAACCAACAGCACCACGCCACUGCCGACAUGCUAUCCGUCAAGGCUGCUACAGUGGCGCUCUUCGCGGCGUUGCUGACAACUGACUUCGCAGCAGCGGACAUCGGCAUUGCCCUCCGCGGUGGCGGCGGAGGCGGCUAUGGAGGCGGAUUCGGAGGUGGCGCGGGCGGGCCACCUCAGCCGUACAGCUUCCAGUACGCGGUGCAGGACCCGCCGUCGGGCAACGACUUCGGCCAGCACGAGAGCGGCGACGGGUCGGGCAAUGUGCGUGGCGAGUACCGGGUGCUGCUGCCGGACGGCCGCAAGCAGGUGGUGACCUACACGGCCAGCGACGCGCAGGUGCGUAUGGACAAGGCACGGAGUAAGGAGCCGGAAUAUUAUAGACAGACGGCAGGAAAGGCCCCUCGGAGUGUUAUAGGGGGCUACAACGCGGACGUGCAGUACGAGGGGACGCCGCGCUUUCCCUCGGGCGGCUUCGGCGCGGGUGGCGGCUACGGCGGCGGCGCGGGUGGCGGGCGCAGGCCGUCGGGCGGCUUCGGUGCGGGUAGCCACCCCGGCUACCGCAAGUAG